AUGUCAAUCAUCAGUGAAAUAAAAGAUCUUGAGGUGCAUGGCUUGGUGAUCAAGAGCAAUGGAGUUGAGGUUUUCCGUGCCAAGAUCCACUUGUUGCUUGCUUCUGGUGACAUCCCAGCUGUGGCUGACAUGGCGCACAUUGGCUCACACGCCAGUUUGUUUGGUUGCCAAAUCUGCAAAACAAAGGGAAAAGCCCCAGACAACAGACGGUACGGAAUGUACCUUGAAGAUAGUUCUGCUCCUUUGCGACCUUUGGAAGACUUCAAAACUGGCAAUCCUAUAAAAAAUAUAUACCAACCAAGCAUCUUUAGUGAGCUGUCAACCUUCUCCAGAUCUUCCUUCUUUGCACUGAAUGAACUUCAUUUAGUUGCAAGAGGAAUUGGAAAGCACAUGUACGACUUGAUCACUGUGUCCCUUACCAAGGAGACAAAAAAAAUUUAUACCCGUCCAGAUGAUACCCUCUUCACCACAGAAUACCCAUUCUUCAUACCAAGAACUAGACUUGGGACAAUUGGAAACUGUAUCACAAGUUCAAGACCAUAUAUACCAGUAUCAUUCCAAGGAAGUUUUGAUAACAUCUUUUCUAAGAUUGAUGGUACUCGUGCAGUUGAUUGGCUUGACUUUCUUUUGUACAUUGUUUCCACUCUUGUUGUUCUGUUCUUGCCAAACAGAGCUGUGAAAACUGUGGUGCUGUCACUUGUCAAAGGUUGUGCACUGGCAUUUCAAUGGACGUUGACUUCAGAGUUGCUGGAUGAGAUGGAUGUUGUCUUCAGACCAGUGCAGCACUAUCUUGUACAUAUAUCAUUUAUUAUCAAGCAACUAGGUCCACUUCGAUGCUACUCCAUUCAAUCAACGGAGAGAGUAAUUGGUGUAUUUUCCAAGCUGAUCAAGUCUAAGUGCAAGGGCGGUCAUAAUGCCAGUUUUCUUGUGGAGCAAUUUAUAUUGCAUAACUAUGUCAACACGGCCAUCAGUAUCCAAGACGAAAUUGAUCUUAUUCAGCCCAAGCCGUAUGGUAGAGAAAGUUAUAUGGAUCUUCCUAAUGAUCCUAGUGGUGCACAGUUGUGA